AUUAAAAAAUACCUCAACUUAACUUAAAUAAUAUUCACUAAUGGAAAAGAAGCUUAUUGCAGUUUAUGGAGGAUCCUUCAACCCUCCCACCAUGUCUCACUUCGAAAUCCUCAAAAUAGUUAUGGAAGAAGUCAAGGUCGAAGGAAGAAAUUUUGAUGAGGUCUGGAUGGUCCCUUGCGGCGACAGAAGAGAUAAAAAGGUUUCCACUCCCGGAGAGAAAAGGCAGAAAAUGUGUGAAUUAGGCAUCAAGGAAAUGUUUGGUGAUGACGAACGUUAUAAAGUGCAAGAUAUUGAAGUUAAAAACAGAAGAUCAAUUCCAACCUACUACCUUAUGCUCGCAUUUGAAGAGAUGUAUCCGGAAUGCGAGUUCUACUUCGUCCUCGGCAGCGACCUUCUACCAAGCUUCAAGAGAUGGGACAGAGGAGAAGUGAUGUUUGAAGAAUUUAAAUUUAUCAUCAUUCCAAGAGAAGGGUACGAAGAUCUUGACUCUGACCUUUACCCGAGAUAUUCUGAAGUAUGCAAAUCCAAGGUAGAUGACCCAUUCGCUACAAGUUCAACUGAAGUCAGGUCAAUCAUCCAAUGGAGCAACAUAAUAUCUCACAAGGCUCACCUAAAAGAGAAGAUGGGAAGCGCUGUGUACGAUUACAUCAUCGAAAAUAACUUGUUUGCAUAAUCUAAUUUAAUUGAACGUAAAAUACGUCCGCAAAAGAUUUUCAAUUCCUAAAAUGCUGGAAAUUUGAAAAAGUUUCUUUAGUCUCCAGCACCAAAAUCUGAUUUUUAUAAUAGUGUAUCUUUAGUAAUUAGUAACUACUGAAGGUGCAAGGCUAGUACCAAUUCGUGUAUAAAUAGUUGGAUUAAAAUCUUAUAAAGCUAGCAUUCACUGUGCUUCUUUAUCAUAUUUCUUGAGGACUUUGAUGAAAACAACUUUUACUUUCUCUAUCAUGAAUAUGACGAAAGCCAGAGAAGCCUUCAGAUAUAUUCUUUAAACCCACGAUGGUUAGGGUUAACUCAACUCAAGGAAGCUUAUUGAAUUGAGCAAAAGAAAUUGAGCUCUUGAGUGAAUUAUUAAACCUGAUAAACAUUUUAUUAAAUCUUUGUGAAAGUGUAACUUAGCCAGAAGCUCAAUAAAUGGGAUAACUUUACAAGUACGAAAUUCUCCAAGUCCUUCCAUUGUCUCAGCCUGCUAAUGCUGAAAAUAGUUAUUGAGAAUUUAAACCCACCUAUUGAGCUUUAGAUUUUAACAGAGAAGUUCAAAUAUUUAUGGCUGAAACCAGAGCUCUUAACUGAAAUAGAAUUUAUCA